AUGUGUAGUGUGCUAUCGCUCCUGUACGUGUAGUGUGCUAUCGCUCCUGUAUGUGUAGUGUGCUACCGCUCCUGUACGUGUAGUGUGCUUUUGCUCCUGUGGAGGUCUCUGCUUUCAUCAUUACAACGAUCUUUAGAGGAAGCAAACGGCCGGACGCCUCACACACACACACCGAGAACCAACCCAAACCUCCAAAAACCACUUGAAUUUUACAUUUAGAGCAACAAGAUGACGACUGCACCUUAUAACUAUUCCUAUAUUUUCAAAUAUAUCAUUAUUGGUGACAUGGGGGUCGGAAAGUCGUGUUUACUUCACCAGUUCACAGAAAAGAAAUUUAUGGCUGACUGUCCUCAUACAAUUGGCGUUGAGUUUGGCACACGGAUCAUUGAAGUGAGUGGGCAGAAGGUGAAGCUACAGAUUUGGGAUACAGCAGGGCAGGAGAGAUUCCGUGCUGUCACACGCAGCUACUACAGAGGAGCUGCUGGGGCGCUCAUGGUGUAUGACAUCACCAGGCGAAGCACAUACAACCACCUCAGCAGCUGGUUGACUGAUGCCAGGAAUCUCACCAACCCCAAUACUGUGAUCAUUCUAAUUGGUAAUAAAGCAGACCUAGAAGCCCAGCGGGAUGUCACAUAUGAAGAGGCCAAGCAGUUUGCUGAAGAAAACGGUUUGUUAUUCCUUGAGGCAAGUGCAAAAACAGGUGAGAAUGUGGAGGAUGCAUUCCUUGAAGCAGCAAAGAAGAUCUACCAGAACAUUCAGGACGGCAGUCUGGAUCUGAACGCAGCCGAGUCGGGGGUCCAGCAUAAGCCUACUGCCCCUCAGGGUGGGCGCCUCAGCAGUGAUACACAGCCCCAGAAAGAGGGCUGCAGCUGUUAAUGACCAUGGAGUCUUCAUUCUCUUUCUCUGUACCUUGCCCCCAGUCCCCACCUCUGCCUCUCUCUCUAUCUAAAAGCGUCUCCCCUUCCAAAAUGAUUUGUCAUUGAGUUUGGGGCCAGAUGGUUUUGAGCGAAGGAGGUGUAACAGUUAAUUCCUCCCCAUAUCCUGCUCUCUUCAUUCCCUCCUCCUCACUUGUUUUGCUUAUUUCUCAUAUGCUCACAUCCCAGUGCUCCCAUCAAGCACUCAAGGGAGCACAGCUCCUCCACUGAACACUAAUCCUGAAGAGAGAUGAUUGUUGAUAAACUGAAGAAAUGCUGGGUUUAUCCUUUACAGACGUGAUGUGCAUAACUAUUAACUAAACAUCUCAUGUACAGGAGCUGUCUGAAUACUAGUGUAAUGUAAAUGAAAUGGAAAUAUUGGCAAACGUUAUUUGUGUUGACGUGACGUCAGAAGUGAUCAGGAGGACAUGCAUCAAUGUGUGUAUGUAACAUUGUUUUGUUUAAAAAAAAAAAAAUCUAAAACUAAAAUAUUGUAUUUUGUUUUAAAGUAGACUUUUUGCAGUUUCACAUCAAAUCACCAAAUAUUUAUCCCUGUUUGUACCUAUUCAUGAAAUAAUAUACAUGUACUAUACAAGAUUAGUAUUGUUUCGAAACAAUUUCAAUGGAAGGUCCAUUAUAAAAAUCAGCUAUUCCUUUGGUUGAUUCAGACAGUUAUUUUAACUUAGUAAUUGUAACUGUUAUAGUAAUAUAUUGACAAGAAAAGGAUGCAUUUGAAGUCCUGAAGAAAGUUUUCUGCACUUUGCAGGUUUGAUUUGGUUUUCCCGAGGGCCUGGAGCUUGUUUUGUAUUACUGCGGUCUUAAGUUUGGCCUACUACAAGGUUUCGGAUCCCCUUUGGUCUGAUCUUAAGCAUCCAUAAACAUCAAGUUUUUUUCUUUUGCGGCAGUAGUAUAAGAAACAGACCUGUUUGGGGACCAUGUACCAAACAUCCAGACCCUGCAAACCCUCAUUAUAUCAAGAUAUUCUUAUUUCUACAUUAAUAAUUUCAGUUGCCUUAUGAUUUGCUUUUGUUCACUCUGAUGUGUUGCCCAUUUUAUUUAUGCUCCUUGUAGCUUUUAUCAAAGCAAAGGAAGUCCAGAAAUUGCAAUAGAGAUUUUGCCUUUUUGAACACCUUGAAAGCAUUCCAUUAAAUCUAUUUUCAAACACUGAUCAUAAUAUGCUCUGUGCUGGGUUUCUUUAUAGGUUUAUUAAGCAUGAAGCAUGGUAAGACUACGUUUAUUAGGCACCGAUAGGAGUUACUGACCCACUAUAAUUUAAGAAUAUGUAAUGCAAAGGCCUCCAAAGCAUGACAAACAUCACUGUGGGGAAACUGUCCAAAUCCGUUUAGUAGUCAUCAGCUUGGUGGUGGUGGGUGAGAUGGGCUGAUGUAACAACCAGCAGUAGUUGCUUUUUCAGAUGUGCAAUGAACAGGUAAAAAAAAAAAAAAAACCCACUACAAAUAUUUUUUUCUAUUAAAUUUGUGUAUUAUGGUAGAUUUUAAAAGUGGUUGUUUUGUAAACUGAAAAUCCAUGUUUUAAUUUGCUCCUACUUUCUUGCUUUUUUCACAUCUUUAACCUGCUCUUGAACUCAAGUAUGUCUUCUGUAAGUGACAUUUGUUUGUAAUUAUGUUAAUAAAGACAAUACUAUA